AUGAUAUCGGCACCAUACAAUCAAUUUUUUCAUUUUCUCGCUGUGGUUGCAUUACACCUGCUUGGUGUCAAUUGUCAGAAGAACACUAAACUCGCCGCUAGCGUACAUGGAAAUCUGACGUGUGAUGGUGUGGUGGCAUAUGGAACUAUCUUGAGUUUGGUUGAAGGACUUGAAGAUAUCAACACAGGACGCCAGUAUUUGCGCGUAAGUGAAUGGACAAUGGCGGAUCAUUUUGGUCAAUUCAGUGUGUCCGGAACGUUGCAUUCACAGGCCAAUCAUGCCUACCUGAACAUCACUCAUCAGUGCAUCGCACCUGAUAGAUGGAAACGUUAUCACAAUUGUUACAUAAACACGAACAUACGACUUACGUUGGAUACGCAUGGUGAUACGCAAUUUGCGGGCGAAUUGACAUCGCAAGAGUUCCAAACGAAUGAACCGAAAUGCGUCCUUUGGGACUACGAAUUGCCAUCAGAGGCAUAUACUAGUCGUCGAACCUAUGAAGACGGUCGAUCAAAGUGA